AUGGUUUUCUCAGGACAGCUACCUUUUAUUGCAGCGGUAUUGCUUAGUAUUGCAAGCAAAACUUCUGGUCUUCCUCUUACAACCGGCCGCCUUGCUACUCGGAUCGAAAGUAGCAAUAGUGUUGUGGAUUUCUUGCUAGCUCGUGAUAACGAACCCAACAUCAAGGCUCGCAAUGACAAUGCACAUGGCACCUUCCAUAAAAGAGCUGUUGUAAAAGCCGCCCCCAAGAAGCCUGCAGUGGUCGAAAAAUUUGCUCCCAAGAAGCAUACUGCUACCAAAAAGCCUGCUGCUGCCAAGAAGCCUGCCGUUGUCAAAUCUUCUGUUCUCAGGAAGCCUGCUGCUGCCAAAAAGCCUGCUGCUCCUAAGAAGCAUGCUGCUCCCGAAAAGCCUGCUGCUGCCAAGAAGCCUGCCGUUGUCAAAUCUUCUGUUCUCAGGAAGCCUGGUGAUGCUAAGAAGCCUAUCGCUAUCCAAAAUCCUGCCGCUCCCAAGAAGCCUAUUGAUGUCAGCUCAAAGAGCUCAUUGUGCCGGCGAAGUGACUGCGCUGGCACUAGCGGUGGAAGUGGCAGUGGCAGUUCAAAAGACAACAAAGGCCCUUCUAAAAUCGAAACCACAAAGGAGAUGAUAGACCGGGCAGCCCAGGCCGCUCAAAAUAAGCGCGGAAAGGCAACUCCGGCACAGCCUGCACCACAGCCUGCACCAGUCAACAACCCUGGCCCAUUUCCAUUUCAGGUCAACACAGACACUGAUCCAGGUUUCCGGGCAGACAGGAUUGUGUCGGUCAUUGAUGCGUAUGCUGACGACGGGAAGGUGACUUACCCAAAGCCAAAUUCGGGCCAGUAG